AUGUGUAAAGGUGUCCUCAAGACAGAGGACCCAAUCACCAAGGCUUCUCUCUUGUUCACGUUCGUUUUCAAACUGCCCGAGAGCUACACAGAUGUGCGCAGUCUCCGGAGUCUCUUGACAGAUGCCAGUCCCAACCAUUCUCUCUCUGCCAGAUUCGAGGUUGCGAGCCAGAUCGCUAGGUCCGUAUGCAAUGUCCGCAGCUUUGGUUUCGUUCACAAAAACCUUUCUCCCGAGACGAUUCUCGUACUGGGCAACCAGAACACCUCAAUAGGGGCAGCGUACCUUGUAGGGUUCGACCGGUUUCGAACAACGCAAGGCAAUACAGCACGGUUAGGGGAUUCAAACUGGGAGCGGAACUUGUACCGUCAUCCACGGCGACAAGGUGCAAGCCCGGAAGAUAUCUAUAUCAUGCAGCAUGACAUCUACAGUCUGGGCAUCUGCUUGCUGGAGCUUGGCUUGUGGCAGUCAUUCGUGGAAUAUCGCGCUCUCGAUGGGCUACCCCUCCGCUCGGCGGCACUGAGACUCCAAGAUGGGACACCAGAAAUGCAGUAUCCGACUGCGCUGAAAGAUCACCUCGUGGCGCUCGCACGUACAGCUCUUCCGCAGCGCAUGGGUACAAAGUACACCGAGGUGGUUCAAACCUGUCUGACUUGUUUGGAUCGCGAGAACGUAGACUUUGGCGAUGAGCGUGAGUUUCAAGAUGCGGACGGUAUCCUUGUUGGGGUCAGAUAUAUCGAAAAGGUUUUGAUGCAAUUGAGUCUCAUCUCGGUCUAG